AUGACACCUACAGUUCAAGAUAAAGAAGAACAAGACUAUGGAGCAUGUCAUACUCUCUCUACACCGGAUGGAAGGCACUUGACAUAUGAUACAUACUCAUAUAUACUCUCGGUCUUACAGGCUCAACAUGAUAUUCCGACUCUCAUCAAUUUACAACUAUGUUCGAAAGCGCAUUACACCAACGUGACACCCUACCUGUACCGGCAUCUCACACUCGACGAGAACUGUAUAGACGAUCUGUUAGGUCAAGCAUUAAGGUGGAAUGAAGGAGAGGGAUAUCAAUUGUUCAGGUCUGUCCGAUUCGGCUCCACCCUCAUUCCCCAUGAUGAUAUCAAAGAUACCUUAGAUCUGAGUGCAGACACAGAUACUUUCGUACAUCAUUCACCCCCAUUGCGGUACAAGUUUAAUCUCUCACACGUCCGGAAGAUCACUUUGAAAUAUGAUAUAGAUGAAUUUUAUGGAUUACCCACCUCACUGCAGCCGCUAGUAACCCUCUUGGGACACUAUCGAAACUUUACUGGUCAAUAUCUUUUCCCCUCACUACAAAGUAUCGCUUGUGUAGGGACGCCAGAUAGCCCUGUAGAAUUAGGCGAGAUAUGGACACUCUUAUCAAAGCUUUCUCCCCCUACAAGUGUAUGUCUCAAGCACACCGAACCGUUUCUAUACAGUAAUACGACAUUUGCAUCUCUCAAUUCUUUCAACGGUCCGAUGGAGAAUAUAUCGGUUCAUUCGGCGAUGCCAAAUUGGAUACCGCGCUCGUACUCCCAUCCCAAUUGCCGUAUCAAUAUAUCCUACGCUGAAUCAUCAUGUGAAGAAGGAUGUGAUAGGGAGAGAAAUCAUCCUGGUAAAUCAUGCAGAGAGAGGAACAAAGAGGACAUUGCAAAGUGGUUAGUAGCUGGACCUAGAUCAAAUGAAGAAAGAUGGAAAGGAGAUUGGUCGGUACAUACAGGGAAUCAUUAUACGUUGAAGGAUUUACAUGACAUCAAGCGAAUCUGUGUAGAGCAGAUAGAAGGACUGGAAGUUGAGAGUGUAAUUUCAAGAGGCAAAGGUUGGACAGGAGAUAGUAUAUCGAAUGCUAGGUUAUUUGUCGAAGGAUUAAGAUGGGUCCAAGGAGCAGAGAAAUGCCGAUGUUGUAAUGAAUACGUAUAA